CUUACGUCAGCUGUCACACCUGCAGUGGGUGCAGAGACAGGCGCGUGCUUAGAUGCCUGUGAGACCAGUUCAGCUCACAGCGUGAACCUUUUGGAAUGAGACAAUUUAGAUCCGUGGAUCCUGAAGCUUCCACUACACCAUGACUCGGACCGUGAAUUAUCUGGUCUCGGUGCUGUUCUGUUGCCUGGGACUGACGGCGGCGUUCCCCCAGUCCGGCCUUUCCUCCUGCAGAGACGACGAGUAUCCACACGGAAACAUCUGCUGUAAAAACUGUCCUGCAGGUAAGCGUGUUGCUGCACACUGCAGCACAGCAGGAGGUGUGGGUCAGUGUGAGGAGUGUGACGACGGGACGUUCACCGAACACGACAACGGACUGCAGCAGUGCUUCAAAUGUCCGCAGUGCCGCUCAGAUCAGGAAGCGGUCCAGCCGUGCACACACACUCAGGAGACCGAAUGUCAGUGCAGAGCGGGGCGGUUCUGUGCUCCGGACCAGCCGUGCGAAGUGUGCAAGAAAUGCUCCAGCUGUGCACAAGAUGAAGAGACGGUGAGGAACUGCACCUCCACCACCAACACCGAGUGCAAGAAAAACCCGCCCAAAUCUGAUUCUGACUCAGAAAAGGCCUCAUUGGUUCUGCCACUGCUGCUGCUAGCUUUUCUGAUAACUGCUGGGGCCAUAUUUGCUGUGUGGAGACAUCGUAGAGCAAAAGAGUCUCAGGGACACACACCUGACGGGCUGAAGGCUGGACAGCUCAACAGCGCCAGCCCCUCUGAGGGUCACAGCAAUGGAGAGCCCCGCCGGCAGAGCUGCUCCAUCCUGCUGCACCCCCCCUCGCUGCUGGUGAGAUCCAGAUCCUGCCGCGAGGAGGAAGAGCGUCAGGUCCUGUGUGAGAGCCUGAGCAGCUCCGCCAGUAACUCCCAGCACAGCCUCACCGGCCUCCCCUCCGCUUACCCCCACGCCUCCCCCCCGAGCAGCACCCCUGCCUCCCCCCGAGCCAGCCCCGCGGCCCACAGGCAGCCCAGCAUGAGGGAAGAACAGCCAUUUCCCAAGCUUGUUCCUGAACAUGGUGAAGACUCUCUGAGGAAAUGCUUCCAGUUCUUCGAAGAGCUUGACUACACCGUCCACAAAAGAUUCUUCCGUAACCUGGAUGUUUCCGACAACGAGAUCAAGAGCAAAGAGCUGCUGCUCUACGAGGACAAGAUCCACGAUCUGCUGAACACCUGGGUGGAGAUGAAGGGCCGAGACGCCUCUUUGAACGACCUGCUCCGAGCCCUACUGGAUCUGAACCAGAGGCGAACUGCAGAGAAGAUCAAGGAAAAAGCUCUUCAGUACGGUCAUUACACCUGUCCGAAUUUAGAGGACGAAAGGUCAGACUUUUGAGGAGGAGAGCUCAGAAUUUAGAGGACAAAAAGAAGUCAACAUUUUCAUGAAAAAAAGUCAGAAUUUUGAGGAAUUUCUUUCUUUAAGAAAUCUGAAUUUUUGAUCAAGAACAUCCACAACUUUGAGGACAAACGGUCAGAGUUGUUGAAAAGAAGAAAUCUGAAUUUACUCGGGGAAAAUAAAAUAUAUUUUGGGGCUGAAUAACCCAGAGAGCGUUGCUCGUCCCCUCACACCCUCAGUGUUUGUUACUGUACGGUAUAAAAUCAGGCCUUAUUUACAGUCCUGUUUAGCCGCGCACACACACACACACACACACACACACACACUGCAAAACACAGCUUUACUCUGUGGUUUUCCGUGUGACUGAAAGUAAUUUAUUUUCCCUCCACUCAACAAGUGUGGGAUAUUUAUUUCGAUAAGUAUUUGCUGUUUCAGUUUGUCAAAUCAGCCUGAAUCUAAGAAAGGGUUGUUUUCGAUCUUAAACAUGUGUUUAUCGUUUGUUGUUGAAAGCGUGUGCUCAGGAAUGAAUGUUUGCACUUUAGAACAAAGGAACAUAUGAAGCGUUGAACAAACAGAUUCCGACACGAGUACGUGAAUGAGUUUAUUUAAAUAUUUGAUUGUUUUUUUUAUCUGUUUUAUUUCUGCUGGAUUAACGGAAAUUUACAAAACGUGCCAAAAAAAGUGCCUUUUCUACGUGUGACACCAUUUAUAUUUAUACUUUUCUACACGAUGCUUCAUAACUCCGUUUCAUUCUCAUGUUUAGUUUUCAACUUUAAAGGCCCAGAAAUUCAGUGAUUGUGCUUUAAAGUGUUUCCUUUAUUUAUUUGUUGUUUACAUGUUGUCUGGAAUUGUGCACUCGAUAGUCUGUGCUUUUUGUUUAAUUUCAACUUGACACUACAUGUACAUGUGUUUAAAUAUGUAUAAUGUGCAUUGUGCCUUUUUCAAAUAAAGAGAAUUAGAAGAA